UUGUUAUUACAAUGGCGGCCAAAAAUCAAUUUAAAAUUCUGACAGCGGUCGCCUGCGAGAUUUUAGCAAAAACAAAUAAAAAUUAUUAAUUGAGGAAAUAAUUAUUUGACGUGUUGUAGGAGUUAUUAAAUGGCUAAUUUGUUUCUAUUACGACCUUGAUAUAAAAUUUGUGCUUUAUGUUGUAGACGCAUAGACCACUGUUUUUUUCUUCUAUUGUAGUUGAUGAUGUAAGAAACUGAAGGACUAGGUAGCUUUUGUGUACAUUGUAUUUGUUUUGUUUUCUUGCGAAUAUUUGACGACAUCGUCAUGGACGGCGAAGACAGUAGCGUGGGUAACGCCGAAAAGGACGACUAUGAAAGUAGUUCCCAUUCAACACCCCAAGAACACAAGUCUUUUGCUGAAUUUGCUAAAGAUAAAUUAGACAGUGCUGGCAGAGAGCUCCGGAGACGACUGCCGAUGGCAGGCCAGCUGGGUGCCCACCUCAUGCAUCCGAGAAGGCUACUUCUACAUUCCACUCCCACACAGCAUACCGAUGUUGUGCUGAUAUUUCCCAAAGGUCUACCAGAUGGAAUGCUACUCUGGCUCCUUCAGAAGCUGCGCGGGAGCCGGCCGCGUUUGCGCGUGUGCGUGAGACAGCACGCAUCGUCACAGUGCGGCGCGUUCUACAUCACGGCUGAUGAUGAUGUUUUGCUGCAAACUGCUGAAUUAGUCCACCUGCCUAAGCUGCUGAAGCCAGAAUUCGGGGGUGGCUACAAAGAGUUCACAGUCAGGGACAUGCACUGUUUUCAAAAGGGCACUUCAGCCUCAGAGCUCCUGAACUCGCAAGAGCGCGCAGCUCUAGUGAAGCACGUGCUAGAGUCAGCCCGGGCGGAGCCGGGGGACGAGCAUGCUCUAGAGCCAGCACUUACACUGCGUCCCGGGCAGAGCAUCGUGCCGGCUUGUCUUAGCAAAGGUGUCGUUGCGAGUAUGUUCCCGUUACACGAGAGAGCUGCGCUUGAGAAUUUAAGAAAAAAAUGGGUUAAGACUCUGUUCUCCCCGCAGCCUUUAGACGAGAUAAGCGAGUAUUUCGGAGUGAAAAUUGGGAUGUAUUUCGCUUGGCUCGGCCAUUACACGCAGUCGUUGACCGUGCCAGCCGUCGUUGGAUUUAUAUUUUGGAUUUGGUUGGGCACAGCCAACGAAACUUGGAAAGACAUAGCUUACGUGAUAUUCUCGCUUUUCAACGUUCUAUGGGCUUGCGUUUAUCUGGAGACAUGGAAAAGGUAUUCCAACGUCCUAGCAUAUAAAUGGGGCACUUUAGACCAACGAGAUGAAUUAUUGAUAGAACCGCGACCUCUUUUUCAGGGUGAAAUGGGCACGAGCGUGGUGACGGGCCGGCCGGAGCCGCAGUACGCAGCCUGGCGUCGCCGCGCUUGGCGGCACGCGGUGUCCGCGCCCGCCGCGCUGUGCUGUCUGGCGCUGUGCGCGGCCGCCACCUUGCUGCUGCUGCGGGCGCAGGACUGGUGGGAAACAAGGAUAGUGUAUCUAUCAUGGAUACCGCGCGCCAUCUUGGCUAUCAUCAUAGCUGUAGAAGAAGAGGUUUACGCGCGCAUCGCCAGGUGGCUCAAUGAUAAAGAGAAUUAUCGUCUCGAAACCAAGUAUGAGAACCAUCUGAUAGUCAAAAUAGCAUUGUUUCAGUUCGUCAACUCGUUCAUGAGUUUGUUCUACAUUGCGUUCUAUCUUCAGGAUAUGGAUAAAUUGAAAGAGCAACUGGCAGUGUUACUUAUAACAAGGCAAGUGAUUGGAAACUUGAAGGAAUCUGCUUUGCCGUACUUGAUUGAGAAUUUGAGACUCGCGAAAAUCUGUGUGGAAGUUUUUGGCGCGCUUAGCCCCAGCAAAGUCCCAACAUCAGCACAGCUUACCGAAUUGUUCGAGAAAAAGAUAGACUCUUCCGGUGAAGCACCAGAGAACAGUCUUAUCAAUGGAGGGACAGAAAAAGAAGAUAGGAGGGAUUCUGAACCAUUGGUUGGACAGAAGGUUAUUCACCAGGCCGAAUUGGAAUCGCAGUUGUUUAAGUACGAAGGCACAUUCGCGGAAUACCUCGAGAUGUUAACGCAACUGGGUCACGUAGUUCUGUUCUCGUCCGCGUUCCCGCUGGCGGCGCUGUGUGCGCUGCUCAACAACGCGGCUGAGGUCAGAGCUGAUGCUUUCAAACUGUGUCACGUGGCCCAGAGGCCCUUUGGGGAGAGAGUCAGCUCUAUAGGUAGCUGGCAGCACGCAAUGGAAGCGAUGGUGGGCGUGGCCGUGAUUGUGAACUGCGCUCUGAUUGGUCUAGCGGGGCCUCUGCAUCGCCUGCUGCCCGACUGCGCGCCCGCCACCAGCGUGCUCAUGAUUGUGGCUCUCGAGCACGUGAUCCUGGUGAUCAUCAUAGCGCUUCGCAUAGCUAUACCAGAGAUACCGGGCUGGCUCGCCACGGAAAUGGCUAAGGUUGAGUUCCAGAGGCGAGAGGCGAUAAAGAAUUCCCACGCACCCUUGCUGUCGCAGUGCCCCAGCCAGGACGACGUGCGCCCCGCCACGCCCACCACCCCCAAGCAACACCCUGACAAGGGGAAGAAGAUAUUUAUAGGGAAGAUUCCCGAGAUACCCCCUUUCAGGGAAAUUUUCAGACCCAAAGCCGCAUCUAUAACCGAGCCGGCGGUUACUACUGGUUCUCUCCAGUUAUUGCAAGAUGUGAGCCCUACGAAGCCGAUUAGACGCAAGGAGGCAACACCUGGGGCGCCGUUGUCUUUGUUGGGGGUGCGAGGGCUGCGCGAUGAGCCAUUACACCGCUCUGCGCAUUGCAUCCCGCACCCAACUCAACAUCGCCCGCUCGUCAAUCCUACUUUACAAGAGUUGUCGGGCAGCGUGAGUGCGGGUGGUUCCGAACCUGAUCUGAACUCUGUGCCGUCUGCCACACUGUCGGUGGACACGGCUGCCAGCGCUCUGAGCGCUACCUCCAGCGAGGAAGACAAGCCUAAGGAUAAAGGAGGUCGUUCCCGUGCGAAAGCAGCAUUAGUGAAGCGCGUGCGAUCGGUCGCCGUAUUUUCGCUCGGGCUACGCAAAGCGCGCGAGGCGGCCGCGGCGCAGGAGAAACACAAUUCGCCUCACACGCCCGAUAAGGCGGCCGCGCCUCCCCCCGCACCGAUUUUCGGCGGCGAGUUGUCUCUGAUCCCGAUAGAACAACUCAUUCAAGUGGAAGACGUCAAACCCAGACCAUAGACACAAGUAUAGUCAUAGACACAUGUACACUAGCCCAACCUGCUAUUCCAAAGAUAUUUUUUGUGAGAUAACACCGGUGUUUGUGCCUUAUUACUUUUUUUAUAUUUCAAAGGCACUGUGGCACCUUCUAUACAGGAUUAUUAUUAAAAUAUCAACACUUACUACGGGCUACACCGAGAUACCUAGGCUGACAUCAUAAACAAUAACAUUCGUUUUGAUAAUUCGUUAAAUUUUAAUUUUGUACAAAAGUAAGGCUUAUUUAAUUAUUCAUUUCAAUGUACACUCAAUGUGGAUCGCGGGCUAAAGCAGGCGGGUGAUGGGUACGGCGCUAACGUGAACAUAGACGUACCAAUGUAAGGACAGGACAAUGAAAACUUAAAAAAUAUAUUAAAUAUUGAGUUACAUAAGAACUCUUAGAACAAACGUAAAUUUUGCGAAGGUAUUAAGUAUUAUAAAUAAUCCUGUAUGGAACUCCUCAUGAAUAUCGGUUUUAUUUUACGCAAAAAUAUAGUUAAAUGUGGAGUUGAUAGGAUAUAUAGUAAGAGUAGCGAAAUAUAUUAUACAUUUCGCUAUAAAGUAAAAAAAACAGCAAUAUUUUUUCGGAACUGGUUAAAAAAAACGUAUUUAAAAACCGACAAAAUUUGAUGAACAAAUUUGAUAACUAUUUAUUUUCCAAUUAUCUGGCGCCAUCCAAAAACUUGUGGCUCAACAUUUUGUUAACAAAUUACGUCAAGUUAUUUACAAAGUGUUUUAGCGAAAGUUUCUCACGGUAGUACGGUUGGAAAUUUGAUAAUAAUCUUACUAUGUAUUUCUACACUUUAAAAAAUAAAACGAGCAGGGACGAACAUUUUGACAUUUUUACUCCCUAGUAAAUUGCGUAAUAAUAGGUACCACACACGCAAACAUUGCUUUAUUAUACCUACGUAUAAAAAAAUAUUGUUAACCAUUGUAAAAAAAAGUACCUAUUCCUUAAAUGUUAAGCAAUUUUUUAGAGUAAUGUCUUUUUUGAGGUUGAUCGAGACAAUGUAGAAAUAAAAGGAAUAGCUGAAGCGAAUAUGAAUACAUUAUAAUGGAUAUUGUUUAUAAAAAUUAAGUUUAAAAAGACGUAAGUGUAGUUGUAGAAGACACGUUUUUAAAAUGCAUAUAGUAUAUAUUUUUCAGGGCGUUUUGUUCUGGAGAAGUUUUUGGAGUUUUAUUUAUUUUAUUCAAAAUGUUAUAUAUGUAUUUAUAUUCUUUUCAACUAGUGGACUGAAAACUACACAGAUAUAGACAAUGCCUACACUUUUAGACCAUAGACUAAAUUAGUAUAAUCUGUACCCGUUGUAUUGCAGUUUGUAGUUGAAACGUAAGCUGUACCAACAAUUUAGAAAUUAUUGCAUGCAGUUUUCUUUUUGGCGAAAUUGAUUAUAAACGUGCUUUCAUUUACGAAUAAUUCUUACUAAGAACGCGGUAUUAUAAUGCAAAAUAUUAUAUUGAAAUAGUAUUUUGUUCAUGAUUUGUUUUGAUACGAGAAACUACUGAGAAACUUAUAUAACCAUUCUACAUAAUACGCCGCUUUUUAGGUAAGUAUUUAUUCUGAAUGAAGGCAACAUCUGUUAUUUAAUGAUAAGCAUUCUUUUAGUACAAAUAUAUGCCAGAAAAGGGAAAAUUUAUGCGUAAUGUGAUAUUUGCGAAAGAGAUAUGAAAUGGAAACCGUCGUGCGUUAAAAAGAUGGAUUUUUGAACAUUUUUUACGAUUUCGAUGAAAUUUUUAAUGUUGAUCGUUUUACUUUUCCAUGUGCAACUGUUAAUUCGCAUUUUUAACCAACUCCACAAAAGGGGGAUAUUUUUAAAGCUUUUUAAUGAAUACUGAAGCAAUCGUCUGACAAUAAUUUCGAAUUGCUGUUGAUUUUGUUGUUAUUAAAAUAAAAUGACACUUUGUAAAAUAUUUCAUUCACAGCAUUUUGAUGUUGUAUGUAAUGUUGAAGUGCUGUUUUUUUUUUUCACUGUGAAACAAGAUUUUUGAAGUGAGGAAAACUCCUUGAUUCCUUCGUAUAAGCUUUCAAAUCACUUGUAUCUGUACUGUUUUAUUUAAUCAAAUAAAACCCUUUUUUCAUCUUUUGUUCACCUCAUUUUCUACAUAAAACUGCUAACUUUUUGUACAUUAGUUACCUUCUUUUACUAUUUCUUACUCUCAAAAUCAUGUAAAAAGUAGUUAGGAAGUUCAAUAUCUCGCUAAUCUUCUUAAAAUGACUAGAAUAUGUCACUCCUUUCGUCUGUAUAGGUCAGUAAGUUAUUCUACGCAGUUGAAGGUCACAGAAUUUUUAAAAAACCGGCUCUAGUAGUAUCAUAUUAUAAAUUUUGUUUAACAUUAACGAACUGGUAAUUUUUGGAAUAACAGCAAACCCAUUAAAGAAAUCUCUGUGCUUCCAUUUUUUUACAAUACUAAAAUAUGUCACAGUUUAUAGUAUCAAAAAAUCAUCCAUUUAUUUAUUCUGUCACCUUUAACUAAAUUACAGUUUUGAAUGUUAUCUUUGAAAUACAAUUAUAAAUACAAUUAUAACGGAAAAGCGAAAACUUUUAAUUGGCGUUUAAUGACGCCUUACUCACUAGUGUGUAUGCGACUAUUACCUCUAGAUGUCUAUUGUUAGUGGUAGAAAUAGUGUCAAGAUGCCUUUUAGGCGACUGGUAUAAAAUCUGACUCGACAAGAUGACAAAGAAGUAUAUUUCAAAGAUGAUAUUCUUUAGUUACAACGUAGAAAAUAAGAAACUAAUUUCUAUCUAAUUAUCCCGAGGCAGCUAAAUAAAUUUAAUAUUACGUAUAUAUAUAAAUAUA